UCGACAACUCACACAACUGAUGCAUUUUUUGGUAAACCCCAAUUAGUAGGAGGAAUUAAAAAUGAGUACUCCUCCUCAUGGUGCCCCCCUCUCCUUUCAUCGCUUGUCUACUCUUUUGUGGGUAAUCUCAGCUGCUAAGGACUCAAAUCUUGCUCUGAUCAUAAAAACUCGUGUUACAAGCUUCCAUCUAUCUCUUAAUCUCUUAUGGAAGGAAGGCAACCUCCGCAUUCACUCGCCAAAUAUAAUCAUCAAAGAGAUCAAGCAGAUUAUGCGAGCUCGUUUUGAUCCUCUUGCUAGGGAAUAACGUAAUGCUCUCCCUGGAACCUCUCUGCUUUCUACCAGGUUCAGACUCUUUGGCUAGGUCUUUUGCUAUUUGUGUUGGCUUGCUGGGCCUGUGAGCCUUGUGUUGGUUUGUUGGGCCUAUGUGCCAUGUCGGCCAAUUUAUGCCUUGUAAGUUUUUUGGGCCUGUGCCAAAAUGGGCUUCCUAAGCCUUGUAACUGUUGGUUCGUUAAAUGGCAAAAACAAAAGGUCAAUAGCUGAUUUGGGAUUAAUGGGCCGAUAGUGACAAAACGUUGGGCUUAUACAAGCCGCUUUGGUUAUUCUCACGUGACUUACACGUGCUUUCCUUCCCCAGAUUUUCGCGCUUACCAUUGAAAUUUCAACAUUUCUCCCCGCGCCAUGUGUUUCCUCUGAUAUUUACCUUUUUGAUUUUCUCGAGAAAAAAUGGUGACUGAAAGUGGCGGAAACUGACUGACUAGUCGGGGAUUUCCGGAGAGAUGGCUAUGGCAGAAGAAAACGCGGCGGGGAAUGCUAUUUGUUCAAUCUGCUACGAAGAUCUCAAACCGGUGGUUGAGAAUCUGCAAUCAAUCUCCGCUUGUGGCCAUGUCUUUCACGAACUUUGUUUGCAGCAAUGGUUUGAGUACUGCCCGAGUACGAACAAGCGAAAUUGUCCGAUUUGUAAGCAGAAGUGCUCUCUAAAGGAUCCUUGCCGACUUUACUUUCAGUCUUCCGGGAAUCAAAUCACCUCGGAAAAAGUCGUUGAAAUCGAAGAAGAUCCGGUUUUGUUGAGAGGAGAAGUGAAGCGGCUCCAAGGGAAGAUACAAAAUCUUACUUCAGCUCUGGAGGCGAAGAAAAAGGAGAAUGUUCAAGUCUCUGAUAAGUUGCAUCAAUGCAAUGAACAAUUGAAGGAGGAUAAAGUGAAAAGGUGGGAGGCUCUUCAAGAAAUAUCAACGACUCAGCACUUGCUUAAGUUAAAAUCUGAGGAAUGUUUCCAGCUUAGUUCACAGUGUGCUAAGCUACAGGAGAGAACUAUGGCUCUUGCCAAGGAGCUCGCAGCGCUUAAAUUGGUUUCUGAUUUAAGCUUGGAGGAAGAUGAUGUUCUGAAGCUAGCCUUGUUGGGGAAUAACGCUAAGACCAAAGAUACAAUAGACACACUAGUCAAGUCCUUGGUUAUCCGAAAUAGAAGCUAUAAGGAAUUGCUAGCCAAGUGCAAUCAGCUGGGCAGAGGCGAAGCGCGAUCGUCUGAGAAACUUGAAAAAGCUUUGGAAAAGAUAGAUAAACUAAAGAAGCAAAUGAGGGAACUUGAGUUGAUAACUGAAGCGAGAGAGAACAGAGCUCUACGGGACAUAAACGUUUCAAAGAAUUGCAGUUACAGAGAAUUAUCCGAGCCUGCAACCGAGAGCAUGGCUUCUUUCAGAAUGUUGCCAUCAGACAACAAAAUGGAGAAAAUCUCCACACCACCUGGUAAAUUAGAAGAAAAUGAUGGCUUUACCAACCAAGGAUCAUGCUUAAGGGGAAGAGAAGGCUCCUUUGUUAGCAGAACAGACUCAGUUAUAGAUGUAGAUGAUGAUGUUCCCGAAACCACCAUUUCUGGCAUCAGACAUUCGGAUACUAAUAUUGAAGAAAAAUGUGAUAAUCCCCUGGUGAAGAAUAUAAAGUUCAACAUCAGAGAAAACCCGACAUCAUCAGUCUCACCUCACAGCAAUGGUGCUGGAAACAUUUGGCAGUCAAAUCGAAACCUUGGUAGAUGGAGCAAACAUGGAGAGAGAAACGAAACAACUCCAUCACUAGGAGGUUCUGGUCCAAGCAAAGAUGAUCUGAUCGCUAUUGGACCUGAUGGUAAAGGUGGAAGAAUCAAAGUGCUGAGAUCUAAACCCCAAAUUUCUAACGCCAAUACAAGCUCAGGAAGUAGUGGUAAGAGAUUCAAGCUUGGAACUAAAACAAGUGGCUCGUCCUCUCAAGGUUGUCUGCAGAUCGAACACUAUUUUGGCAAAACUAAUCGCUAAUUUUUCAACAUCUGUCUGAGAAUCAUAACAUCUCUAGACAAACUAUCUGAUUAUCAUGUACGAUUAAUUACUCUUUUCAUUGUUUUCUAAUGUAACUUUUUUUGUUGGGGCUGCCUAAUAAACACUUUAGUUAAAGAUUA